AUGACUCGGCCGCUCAAUGCCGAUUGGCGCUUCCAAAUGUGCCUUCGCUUUGCAGACUCAAGGUUGGUUGCGGAUGCGCAUUUUGAACACUUCUCGGUGGCACAUCUUCCUCCCUCCAACUUUGAUCUCUGGGUCAAGAAAGUCACCAAUGACAAUGCACUAAAGGUCAUGAUUUUUAGUCAAGUCGCAGAUUUUUUGAUUGUUUCUUCGGUUCGUUUGGAGCGAUAUUUUGGAUCAGAACUUGGUCCCACUACCAACAACUUUCAACCGACCACCAGCACCAAAACUUACGUCGCAAAGGAGUCAAUCACCCAUGGGCAACGUAUUCUUCAUUGCAAUGCUUAA